CUGCUUUCGUAGUUCUUCUAAACUCUUGCAUGCUGCUUCAAAGUGACUCUCACAGUUUUUCAUCCAUUUAGAAACUGGAACAUGUCUAGAUAUCUCUGCCAGAUUUCAAGUGCUUUUAUCACCACAAACGAAUGAGGAAGCGUCACACAUUUGCAUGUAAAGGCUCAAGACAAUUUUUCUAUUUACUGCGAAGGGUUUUGAGUACCGAGCACACUCUAUGCCAAAUCGAGGCAUGGAUCGACUAUACAGGGAAAUCUUUUUUCUGUUAGUCACAGGAGUUUUCAUUAGGAGUACAUUUCAAAAAGAAAAACUACAUAUCCUUCUGAAACCAAAGUACAUUAAAGUCUGUGAAGGGGCCUCGGUCACAAUCAACUGCACUUUUCCGUCAAGUAACAUGAUGUACAAAGUGAGCUGGCACUAUAGCCAAACAUCAGAUUCCAUGUGUGACUUAAACAACAAACUUAAAGGACAACAUACUUAUUCUGUAAUAAACAGAACUUGGUCAACUCUACACAUUAAUGACAUCAGGUCCAAUGAAAGCGGAUGGUACUCCUGCUACGUUAUAAGAGACAUUCCUUAUCUUGAAGAGGUUUGCAGUAAUGGGACUCACGUUAUUGUUGAUGCCAACAUCCCCAGCACCAACAAGAACCAGGAUAAGACUCAGAAUACCACAAAUUUACCAACUACUUACUCGUCUAGUGCUACACCCUCCACAUCUACUUCUUUCAUCCUGGGUAUAUGGUGGAUAUGGUUGGCACUGGCAGUCGGAUGCGUAGUUUUGGUUGUGUCAAUUGUUGUCAUAUGUAUUUUGGCUUGCAGAACUAAAGAGAUCAUUUAUGAGAACACCAAUCCCCAGAAACCGGGCUGCUGGACAUGUCCUUGGAAUCAGACAGAGAGCUGUGACCUACCUGCAUCCAAAAAAACUGAAACCAUUAAACCACUGAGGAAAUAUGAUAGUAUUUCAACAAACAGAAAUCGCAGGCCAUAGGUAUUCCAUAGGGAAGUAUUGUCCUCUAAACCUUCUAUGCCAACAUGCACUCAAUAUCUUGUACAUUUUCUUAAACUCAAACUGUAUUUAAUGAUGUAAUGUAGCAUUUCCCAUAAGAUGAGAAGCUGUACAGUUCUGAAUAGUCCUUGCGUAGUCUGUAGGAUGUUUAGCAUUUUUAAAGAAUAAAGAGAGAUCAUAAUUGUUUUUUUUUUAAUACAGUUCUGCUGCACACAAAUAUUAAAGUGCAUAUCUUGGUCCAUCUUUUCAAUACAAUGGCAGUGGAUAGUGCCUCUAAAACUGUUAAAAAUAACCCAAAAUAUCAUAAAAAUAGUCAGUUCGACUCAUUUGUCAUGUUCCAAGUCUUCUGAAGACAUUCAAUCGUUUUUAGUGGGAAACAACCCGAAAUUGUAAUCAUUUUGUAGUGAAAAAUUUAAUGUCCAUUGCACUUUUACCAGCCUGGUCUUAUGAACAUUACGUGGCCUUGGAAACAUUUUAGCAAAAUGAAAUUAUGUGCUUCAUUACACAUUUCGCCAAAAGCGAGUGUAAUGGUGCGGUAAUUAGACAAGGUUUUAAGUUGAAUAUUAGAUGUAGGUAAAGUACCACCCUAACCUAAAACUUUAACCAAACCCUAACUAAUAGUGAUCUAAAACAAAUUACAAAAUUAUAAAGCACACUUUCUGAAGCAACCUCUUCAUCUUGUGUCACCUCUAUGACACUUUCGUGUCACGUCAGCUUGCGUGUUUGGCUGGUCUCAAACCGCAGUCUGCCAAGUCUAAAGUCCAACAGUCUAUGUGGUGAGCUACAGCGGAAGAUAUUUACAUUGAAAUAAGUGUAUAAAUGUAGGUGAGUCUGCAAUACAAGUGUUAAAAUGUGUCAUUUUUCAAAUGAUACGUUACAGUAAAAGUGUUUUGAUAUCAUGACAUAGCAGUGUGUGAAUAAUAGAGCAAAAAUAAGUGUUUUUAAAGUCCAUUGUAGUCGUGAUUUGUGUGAAAGUGAAUAAAACACACAGUUGUUGUAGUGCCUCUAGUGUUAAUUUAAUUUAAUGUGGCACGUAAAAGUCAGUUUGCAAAAAAUUUAGUUAUAGUAACGUUCAUUUUAUGAGACUAGGAUGGAAAAAUUAAUUACAUUUCGUGUUUAUAACGACAUUUCUGUAAAUGAUACUGUUAAAAAGUUUACAAUGGCUGUUUGAAGCCUUUUUUUUAAAUCACAAAAUUCAGUUAUUUAUUUGUCUUGUGGAUUUGUGUAAAUUUCUGUUAUAGCAUAACAUUUUCAUCAGAGCAGUACUAAAUAAAAAACAAAAUUCUAUUUUUAUGAUCCCUCUUAUUAUUUUGUAUAAAAAUCAUACAUGUCUUACAGAUUCUGGAAAGUGUAGAGCAGAACUGUAUAUACUGUAUGUGUAUAUACAUAGCUGUUAUUUUUUUAUUUAAACUCCCAAGUUUUAAAGAAAAUAAGAGAAAGUAUUUUUUUUUUCUGUUGUUGCUGUUGUUGUAUGACUUUCAGUUGUAUCAUACUGAAAUAUUCUGUGGUUACAAAUGAAUGUGAAAAACAUAAAAAACAAUUUUUUUAAAAAGUUGCACAGUUGCCCAUUAUAUGACUGAUCAAGCACAAAUAACACAUUUUUU